AUGGCGCGGCGGACGGUGUAUUUCCCUAGCGACUCGUGGGAUGAACCAGCAAUGUUGAAAAAUUUAAAUAAAAUCAUAAACGAUGGUUCCGAGGCAUUUGAUGCAUUGGUUGCAGAAGUAAGUCCGGUGGAAAACGCGGAGUCUGGGGGGACCUCCUCCCAGCCCGCCUUAGUAGAACCGGCCGUCGCGAUGGCACUCUGGCUUGAGAAAUCAAAACAGGGCCAGCCGAUCGGACCCGUAGUUCCCGCGUUCUCUUUUGGAACGCCGCGGGAAUACAACGAUGAAUCCGCUAAGGAGUCCUCCAAGAGAAAACUCGCUAGAGAGUCAAUCGAGGAGAUUCCCAAGCGUGUUAGGUGGGGGGUCAAAGAUUUGACCAAAACGGAGCGUAAGAGGAGGAGAGUUCCUGCCACCGUAGACAGUGUUGAAAUACGCGCGCGAGCGCAUGUUGAGCUAAGCGACCUACUCAUGGUAAACAGUCGGACUAACGUCCACUACACCAUUGAGGAAGUCGAUAGGCUAAACGAUUUCAUACAAAACGCCGGCAACAUCCGGAACGACAUCACAAGAUCAGGGUUGUCGCUCUCGGUGCUGGCGCGUCAUGCGGAGGAGCUCUGGAAGGAGCUGCGAUCGAAGUACAACGCCCUCGUUGAGGAGGCUAGUGCGGAGAAAGCGGCGAGGUUGUUGUUGGAGCAAAGGGUGAUGGCCCUGGAAGUCCAUAACGACUCUCAUCCUUCCAUUGAAGUAGAGGAUCAGGUAACCCAUAGCGAAUUCCAAGCGCUACGGGAGCAGAACGCGGCGCUCCAAGCCACGGUGGAGGAAUUAUCCAAAACCAUCACGGAGCUCGCAUCUGCUAAGUCUGCAUCCGAACAAGCUGCGCUCAACAGCGAAGUGUCCGCACUCCGCGAGCAGAACCUGGCGCUCACCGCCGAGGUUGCAGCUCUGAGAGAGACGGCCGUCACACAACCUCCGAGUGAGUCUCAAUCAGAGGCCGAAGCGACCCUUUCGUUAGAGCUUGCGAAGGCACAGCAGGAAAUCCUCUCCCUGCGCGAAGACCUGAAGAGCCUGAAGGAGGAAGCGGCCAAGAGGGAAUUGGAAUCGAAGUCUGGAAAGAACAAGAGCAAAAACCAAGGAAGACAGAAGCCAAAGCAGGCGAAGGGUGGCGCCAAGAACGCAAAUCCCAAACCUGCAGUUCCAAAAACGCCCCCAGGUAGCCAGGAGGAUGUCACCAGCCCCGAAGGGGCGUCCCAAGGUGGCUCCCCGGGCGACGGGAGCGUCGAAGGAAAUGCUAAUGACGACUUCACGGUUGUGAAUCGAAGGAAACCCCGGUCCAAGCAUAAGCCCCGGUUGAGGAACGAGGCUAUAGCGAUUAAGGCUGACGAGCAAAGUUACGCGAGCCUGUUGCGGAACAUGCGCUCGAAUGACGACUUUAAGGACCUGGGGGAGGCUACCAAGUCGGUAAGGCGAACUCGCCGGAACGAGCUUCUCCUCAUCCUCAAAAAGGGUGUGAAGCCCAGUUCCGAGUACGCUCGACUGGUUGCCGAGAGUGUUGGAAGUGACGAAAUCAAGGUCCGGUCUCUCUGUCCCGAAACCACUCUCCAGUGUAAGAACUUGGAUGAGACGGUGACAGCUGAAGACCUCCUUGACGCCAUAACAACACAGUGCCUCACGGGUACCCUCUCGGCACCCGUCCAACUGAGGAAGUACAAUCAAGGCACGCAGACGGCUACCUUUAAGUUACCAGCGAAAAUCGCGGCCAUGGUGGGUAAGAUCAAAGUUAACUGGUCAGUAUGUCCGGUGUCUGCGAUCGAACGGCCAACCGUAUGCUUCAGAUGUCUUGAGUACGGCCACAAGUCGUGGGCCUGCAAGGGCCCCGACCGCAGUAAGCUGUGCAGACGAUGCGGAGCCGAAGGCCAUCAGUCGAAGGGCUGUACAGCUAAGCAGCUGCUCUUCCAGACGGUGGCCGAGAAGAAGUGUGAUGUAGCGCUUCUAUCGGAACCUUAUCGGAUUCCAGAGGGGAACAGGAAUUGGUUGAGCGACCCACCCAAGGCUGCGGCAAUCUGGGUGACGGGUCAGUUCCCAAUUCAGGAGCUAGUAGCAGCAGAGGAGGGCUUCGUGAUCGCUAAGGUUAACGGAGUCUUCUACUGCAGCUGCUACGCUCCUCCGAGGUGGUCUAUAGACAGGUUCGACAGAAUGCUGGAUAGACUGACGGAUGCGCUUACAGGCAAAAGCCCUGCAGUGGUGGCUGGCGACUUCAACGCGUGGUCCACACAGUGGGGUAGCCGCGAGUCAAACCGCAGAGGCCAGGACCUACUCGAGGCACUAGCCAGGCUAAACGUUGAUCUAGCCAACGAGGGAUCUGCGAGCACGUUCCGUAGGAACGGAGUCUCGUCGAUUGUUGACGUUACUUUCUGUAGUCCCAGCCUUCUGGCAAGCAUGGACUGGAAAGUGGACGAGGGCUACACUCACAGCGAUCAUCAAGCGGUAACGUUUCGGAUCUGCCGUGUGGCCCCACGUCCUGCACAACCGGCACCGCACCAAGUGUGCCGGUGGAAGACAUCGACCCUGACAAGUGAGGUCUUUGUUGAAGCGCUGAGAAGAGAAAGUGCCACUCGGGACAUUCUAGAACUCGACUGCGACGGACUAAUGACCAUCCUAGUGGGCGCCUGUGAUGCAGCAAUGCCGAGGCAAGCAAAGCCACGAAACGCGCGGACCCCAGUUUACUGGUGGAACGACGAUAUAGCGGCCAUACGUGCGGCCUGUCUGAGGGCCCGGAGGAAACUCCAACGAGCUCGCUUCGACGAGCAGAGGGAAGCCAGGCGGGUGAUCUACAAAAUCGCUAAAGCUACCUUAUGCAAGGCAAUAAAGGAGAGCAAGAGGAACUGCUUCGGCAACCUCUGUCAGGAAGCCAACAAUGCACCAUGGGGUAACGCCUAUCGGAUUGUUAUGGCUAAGCUAAAGAGUGGCGCGGUUGCCAUUGAUCGUUCACCUGAAAUGAUGUCACGAAUCAUUGACGGGUUGUUUCCUCACCACGAGGUUCAGCCCUGGCCAACGACCCCCUAUUACCAUGAGGGGUUGACGGAAGAUGAAUCCAGCAUCACGAAUGAGGAACUUAUCAAAGCCGCAUCAGCCCUCAAAGCGAAUAAGGCACCGGGGCCCGAUGGGAUCCCCAACCAGGUCCUUAAACUGGCGAUAGAGGAAAACCCGGACAUGUUCAGGUCGGCUCUCCAGAAGUGCAUGGACUCGGGGAUCUUUCCGGAUCGGUGGAAGCGACAAAGGCUAGUCCUGUUGCCGAAGCCGGGGAAGCCACCCGGCGACCCAUCCGCGUAUAGGCCCAUUUGUCUCAUAGACACCGCUGGCAAGUUGCUUGAGAGAGUUAUUCUGAACAGACUAACGAUCUAUUUAGAGAGGGGUCUUUCGGACCAACAAUUUGGCUUUAGGAAAGGGAGGUCCACGGUCGACGCGAUCAGAGCUGUCCUCGAGAAAGCCAAGAUUGCCGUUGAACCAAAGCGUCGAGGGAUGCGCUUCUGUGCCAUCAUCACUCUAGAUGUCAAGAAUGCUUUCAAUAGCGCUAGUUGGGACGCCAUUGCGAGAUCUCUCCAUAGAUUUCGUGUCCCCAACUACCUGUGCAAGUUGCUCAAAAGCUACUUCGAAAACCGAGUCCUUCUCUACGAGACGGACGAGGGUCUUCGCGAACUGAUCAUCACGGCGGGGGUCCCACAAGGCUCCUUGAUCGGUCCUGGGUUGUGGAAUGGUAUGUACGACGGGGUGCUGACUCUACAGUUUCCGACGGGCGUUAGCAUAGUUGGCUUUGCCGACGACAUCGUCCUGAUGGUGCUUGGUGAGUCGCAGCUCCAAGUCGAGGUACGAGCAACCGAAGCAAUACGGACAAUCGAAGAAUGGAUGGGUAUACACCAUCUAGGGCUGGCGCAUCAAAAUACUGAGGUGGUUGCCGUGAACAACUUCAAGUCUGCACAGUGCAUUAACGUCAGGGCAGGAAACUGUACAAUCGACUCCAAGAGAUCAUUACUAUACCUGGGUAUCCGGGUGGAUGAUAAAUUGAGCUUUAACAGUCAUAUUGCGUAG